CUUUUUUUUCUUUUCUUUUUUUAUUCCUUUGCUCCCCAAAGCUUCCACUUUUCGCUUUCCCAACCACUCUUUAACUCUCUCUCCCUCUCUCUCUCUCACGGAAGGAACCCUUUCACAUCUCCCACCAACCUCAACACCACAUCCAUCUCUUUCGCCAUUAAGGCCCACCGAAGGAGUUCCCCUUUGCUAGGGUUUCGAAGGAGAUGAUGAAGGGAUCGAGUGCGAAUCCUUUAGCGUCGGAGAACCCGGACGGUGAGGCGAUAGAGUGGGAGCUCCGCCCCGGAGGGAUGCUGGUUCAGAAGAGGGACGACGGGGUUGGGUCCCCGGGACCCAUGAUUAGGGUUAGGGUUUCGCAUGGUUCCUACCACCAUGAGGUCUCCGUCCCGGCCCAAGCAACCUUCGGUGAAUUGAAGAGGGUUCUUUCGCAAGAGACUGGAUUGGAGCCGCAGGAACAGAGGAUCCUGUUUAGAGGGAAGGAGAAGGAUAAUGAUGAGUGUUUGCACAUGGCGGGUGUGAAGGAUAUGGCGAAAGUAGUCUUAUUGGAGGACCCAGCAAGCAAAGAGCUGAAGCUCGAGCAGAUGAAGAGAGAUCAGGGGAUCACAAAGGCUUGUGAGGCCAUCGCGGUAGUGAGGGCUGAGGUCAGCAAGCUUGCUGAGAAGGUUUCAGCUCUGGAAUCUGCCGUUCGUGAAGGAAAGAAGGUUGCAGAUAAGGAGUUUGUUGUUUUGACUGAAUUGCUGAUGGUUCAGUUGCUGAAAUUGGACAGUAUUGAGGCAGAGGGUGAGGCAAAGGUGCAAAGGAGGAUCGAGGUGCGCCGAGUGCAGAACUUCGUAGAGACACUGGACACACUGAAGGCGAGAAAUGCGAACCCAUUCAGUAACAGCAGCAAAACUGUUGCAGUGACAACCCAAUGGGAGACUUUUGAAAACGGAUUGGGCAGCUUGAGUGCGCCUCGGCCGAUGUCUUCGUCCACAAAUAUUACCACUGACUGGGAGCACUUCGACUAAAUUCUUCUCUCAAAAAAUCAUACUUCUGCUCUCAAAAAAUCAUACUUCUGCUAUAUGGUUCAUUUUUCUAUACCAUGUAUUCGGAGAUCGAAUUCUUCUCUCGUCGGGAGAGCAUAAUCUCCUUGUACAUAGAUCAUACUGAAGAUUAUUUCACUGUGUUUGCCUUGUUGCUGGUGCAAUUGUAACUUGCACCAGAUUCUUCUUAUCUAUUCAUUGGCGCAAUGAGUCCCCUCGGUCAUGAAAUUGUAUUAAAAUUCCCCAGGAUAUGAUGGGUUACUUGGUACAGUGUAAACAGGUCCUGGUAAUUAUCUCUCUUUUGUUUGGUUUUUCAACCAACUUUA